GAGAGGAGCGCGUGAGUAAAAGAGAGAGGAGCGCGUGAGUGAGAGAGAGAGUGUGUGUGUGUGUGAGUGAGAGAGAGCUUGUGUAAGUGAGAGAGUGGGUGAGAGAAACGGAACGAGACACCCAUAAUGACUCUUAUUACUAUCAGUGUAAAACAGGUUCACGGCGCACACACUGCUCACCACAGGAGCUGAGCAGCGAAUUUAAACCCUACUCAUACAGUCCCACUUCUGUCAUUAUUACUUCAUAGGUUAUUAGUUUAAAAUGUGAUUAUUCGUGAGACCGAACGCUUGUGGAAGUUGGUUCCCCGCGGAUAUUACGCGUGUCUGGCACUUUUUACCACGGGGUUAUGGAGCUUGUUGGCCGGCGUCUUCUGUGUGUAAACGGCCGUGGAGAGGAGCUCCAGCUUAGCGAUGUGGCGAGCUGGAGCUGGAGAGCCGGAGUCAUUCGAGCUGUCACCAGCCGAGAUACCGACAGCCCAACAACUGCUGUGUGUGUAGAGUGGGACGGUGAGCCAGCAGCAGAGCAUCAUUGGAGAAGGCUUAAGGAGGAGUGGGAGGUGUUUGUACUAGAGCAUGAGCUAGUGUGGGCCAGAAGGAGCAGCACCCCACCGGAGAACAGCUCUCCACAGCUUGCACUGGUUUUCCGACCCCUGACUGGCCAGAAUUAUGUGAAUGAAGUGGCAGUAGUGGAGUUCCUGUCGGACAGACAGCUGGAGUUUUACACAGACAGAGAAAAGCUUCGUCCAUGCGAGGUGGAAGUAAACGGUGUAAGUUCGAUACUGAGAGAGAAUCCUGCAUGCAGCCAGCAGCUUACAGCCUGGCUCAGACAGCGUCAUCUCCAGCACAUUCUUCAGCCAGGGCAUGGCUGUGUUAAGGGGCUCAGAGUAAAGGUGUUCAGACCCGAUUCCAAACCCCAGUGGCUCCAUGGCUUCGUCAGCAACUAUGACGACAACAGUGGAACCAUGACUGUUCUGAGUAACCAGGAAGCUGAACCUUUAAGAGUGGACCCCGCCCUUGUGCAUGUUUUGUUCCUGGAUGACAUUAGUCCGUCAUUAUUAAUGAAAGAAACCUCCACAACAGAACCCAAGCCUCAAACUAACAAUACCAACAGGACCAACCUGAACACAGAAAACAUGUCAAGCAACACUACAGCAACAGACCAGGCGUGUAACUCGGGCCCAGUGCAGAGGAAGCUGUGCAAACAAAACUCCAACUGCAGCCCAGCUGAGGACAAGACAGAAGGAAUGAGGGAAGGGAGGAGAGCCGACGAUUCGAGAGCAGACUCUGCUACCAGGAGGACCAACUACGGUGCGAGAAAAAAAAGAAAAGCAUUACAUGAGGAGGAGCAGAAUGAAAAUGAGAGGAGGAGAACCGGACUGAAGAGGCUGAAGAAUGACAUUGACUCUGACCUGUCUGAGGGUGCCGAAUCGGAGGGCAGCAACAUUGAAUCAAAGAGCCUGUCAAAAAAGUACUGCACUUUAAAGAAGACAUCCAAUUGUCAGAUGGUUCACGGUCCCACAGAACUUUUAGAACAUGACCUGAAGGCACACUCAUCCUCCGAAGGUGAUCUCUCUCCCAGCCAAUUAUCAGAGCUUGAAAGCCAGCAAGUACAGAAAAGUCCUCCUUUACAGUUCCAUUUACCUAGCACUUCUGGCAACAGAGAGUUUGGGGUAACCAGGUCACCCCAGUGCACGCUGGGAUCAGGUUGUAAUAAAGCAGAGGAGGGGACCAAAGUGGAAGUUAGUGAGAUGGAGGACAGAAGGGAAGGAACAUCACAAGAGGACUCGGAGGCUGUGUCCGCCUUGCUGGCAUCCCAGGAGAGUGAGCAACUGGUUUCCAUGGAGACUGCAUGUAUGUUAUUACACACAUUGCCCCCCGAGUGCAAUGGUCGGGAAGGUGAACCAUCAGGAGACCCAGAGGUCAGGAAGUCCACACAUACAGAGGUCAUCACACCAAGCUGUAAUUCAUCAGAAACGGUCCAGCUAGAGUCUAAAGUACAUCUAAGUCAAGGUUCCUCCAUGUCCUGCAGCACAGAAGUCGGUGCUAGUAAAGUACUUCAGCAAACUCUAACAAAUUCUCCUGGAGCUCCCAAACCUGUGCACCCUUCUCCUUGCUCUUCUCCUAAGGUGAUCUCCAAGCCUCCAGAGGUGAUUGACAUUUCUAAGCUGAAGUGUAGUGCCUCUCCUGAAGUCUCCAAGACAGAGGACAUCAGGUCUCUAGGCCCUACAGAGAAAGGCUUAGUUUGCCUUAAAAACUCACCUUGUCCCGAAGUGAUUUUGACCCCCACCCUGCAGCAGGUACAUGUCCCAUGUCAUAACCUAAAUGACUUUCCAGCUCAAUCUAAAACCCCACCUCAGAAUCUGGCACGUAGUCUCACUUGCACCCCACCACCAGAUAAACCAACCAAUAGCCCGCUGAUGAUUGACAGGAAUGAGCCCUUCACUGUCUACCGAGACCCAACUCUUGUUAGAAAAGAACUAGAGUACCAUCCCACCCAUGACCAGUCCCCUGGCACUGCACUAAACCUCCAUUCCAAACAUAACCUUAAAGAACUCUCUCCCUCUUCUAGCUCUCCCAGCCUCACCUCCACUAACUCCCACACCAAGAUCGUUAGCCUCGCUGCCCACAACUCGCCUCUUCCCCUCCCAUCCCAGACCCAUCUGUGCUGUUCUCAUCCCUCUAUCCCCCACCCCCACCUUCUCCCAUCUUUCCUGCCUAGUUUGCCCGCAUCUUCAGCACUCCUGGCUGGCCAUACUCGGCUGGGUCACCUGAGUGUCCCUCACCACCCACUGGCACUGCAGGCCACCCCGCCUAUUUUGGGCCAGAGCCCGGGUGCCACCCCACUGGCACCUUUGGGUCUGUACCCUUUCUUUUGGCACCCUUUGCACAAUGGGGCACAUGGGUAUCCUCUGGGACUGCCAGGGUCCAAGUGGUCACCUUCAGAGAGUGCAGGCAACUCCGAUGUCAGCCUGAGGAAGAACACACAAAGUCCCUGGCCUCCUUCAACCACUCCUGGAACAAGUGCAGAAGGUCAAGGGUUAUGUCCCCAGCUGCCUGUGCGUCCCUCAAGUGUAGACCCCCAGAGAAUGUCCAGAAAUGUUCAGUCCAGCACACUCGUUUCUAAAAGCGCAGAGGAAGUGGAAAGGAGGGUGUUCACAAAGACGCAGAGCUCUGUCCACAUGCCGCUAAAGACGGAUCAGGAGCAGAUGACAUCUAAAAUAGAAAAGACUGGGCGUACAUCUCAUCCGCCAGCAGCGGAUUCAACCUCCGCUCGCUCCAAACAGCCUCAGAUAGUGUAUGACCUAACAGUCGACCGCACCGGCCGCUACCAGGAAGAAAGUCGGCGUAUCCCACAGGAGGGCGUUGAGGUGGCACAGUUUACAGCCAGACUUGGCUCAGACAGAGAGACGUGGUAUUCCAAGAGCCCUACUAUAUCUCAAAAGGAAAGAGAUGCAGUGCGAGAAAGAGAAAUACACUUGUAUAGUCAUAAUGUGCCUGCCCGUUUACAGUCAGCCCAGCCCUCCCCGACACUUACCCAGAGUAGUUACUACAGCCCAGCAUCUGACAGUGUUGAGAACAUGCCUUCAGCGCGCAGAGCUCCACCCAGCAAGGAACUGUACGAGCAACUGAGUGUCCCAAACACUGGUGCCUCUGUCCUGCAUUUACCUAGUACACAGAACGCAGUCAAGGCCAGACCCCCACCUCUUGUCAAGUACCAGAAAGAGGAGGGUCUCCUGGUCAAGAUUACAGAGCAGCUAGCCUCAAAAGCAGUCUCUGUGGAGCCUCUGGAGCUCAAAAGCAUGGAUCGGAAAGGCUGUCCUGCUUCCUUCAUUCCAGGUUCUGUGUCCUCCCGUGCUACAACUUCACUGCACAGGGCGCCCAUCUUUCACCCUCCAGCCCUGCCCAGUACAGCAUCUAAAGAGGCAGGGAAGAAUAGGCUGUCUCCACCUACUCUGACACCCAUCCAACCGAUUAGUUUAUCUGGAAAGGUUCAGGAUGUACACAGACCACCUACUCUAAUGCCAGAGCUUAGACAUGGAGCAGUUGCCGGAAAGAGCGUGACUCCCGAUCCUGUAUACAUGACAAGCCAAGCUCACCAUUUGUACCAGGGCAAAAUUUUGCACAGCCGGGAGAGAGUGAUGGGAAGUCCAACAACCAAUGGAGUUGUAGUUAACCCACAGGCUGCCACUGCUUCCGUUAUUGUUCGUCCCGCCAGUUACACCCACCCACCCAUAAACCACACCAAACCUGACAGGUCACUAUCUCAAGGUCAGUGCGGGCAUGUGCAAACAUUUGAAAGUGUGUCAAAUACACAUUUAAAGGACGGCCAGUGUAAAAGGGGUGUCCUAUGGACCCCUGUAGAUACCGCACACCAUAAUAGCAUGAUCACUUCAAAGCAGGUCACUAACAUGCCCCUAAACAUGACCACUAAAAACAUAAAUACAAAUAAUAUUUUAAAUCACAUGUCAAAUUAUUCCACAGACGCAUGUCCUUUCUCAGACCUGGUAUCUGAACAAUGUGAAAACAAAGAAGCUGGGAUCAAAGUUUUUUCCAAGGUGGAUCCCUCUUCAACAUCCUGCUGCUCAACCAAAGGCCUUCCCCAUGUGAAGAAACACAGAGCUGGAUUAACUGCUUCAAAAUCAAGACAAAAUAUGCAAACAGUCCAGCUGCUACACACUACAGACAUCUUAAACUCUACUAAUAAUGUAUGUCACGCCUCACACAGUUGCUCUACAAACAGUUUGCACACAGUAUGUAACACACACACACAAGAGUCAGAGUCUGUAUUCAAUCCCAGCCCCCCGAAGCAUCCCAGGUUAGCCCCCAAGGUCCAUGGUGUUGUUGCCAACAAACCAGGCUCACUGGUUCAGCCUUCAGUUCAUAUUAAUCAACCAGCCCAAUCUAGUCAAAACAACUACCACAAACUGAAAAAAGCUUGGCUGACCCGUCACUCUGAGCAGGACAGAGGUAGUGCCAACUUCGAGAAAGCUGACGUAAGUCCGACAGUCGGUGUCUCUUUGCCAUUCAAACAGGGGGUAAAUGGUUUUGACAACAAAUGGUCCACACAAGAGGGCAAAGGAUCCAGUCAGGACAACAUAAAGUCCAAAAUCCCAGACAGGAUGAAUGUACCUGAAGACAGGAAUUGCAGGGGGAGCAAUAAGUCCAACACAGAGGACAAGAAACCUGUCACAGAGGAAAGGAAAGCUGUUUUGGAAGAUGUAAAACCUGUAUUAGACAAAAAUGGCAACUUGGUGAAAAAAAAGAAGCCAAGCACUCAGAACAAGAUGCAAUGUGUUAAUGAUCGACAGCCAAGCUCAGAAACCCAAACUGACUUUAAAAUUGAGAAGAACAGUAAUGGGGAGAAACUGGCCUUUUCAGAAAGCCGUCAAAAUGAAAAUGGAGGUGACUUAGAUAAUGAAAGCGAGAAUCGAAAAUGUGAGUCAGCGAGACUCAGCAAGAACCAGAACAAAACCACAUUUAAGAAGAAGCAGAAUGGACAGCAGAGAAAGAGAGGGGGAAAUGAGAAAGAGGAGGAUGAAGAGCGGAAAGAGGAAAAUCGGGGCAAGCCUAAUGGCACUCAUCGGACAAUCAAAGAGAAGUCUCAGCACAGGCUGCCCAGCAAUGGCAUUCCUCGUUCCGUAAUGAAGGACUGGAGGAAGGUAAAGAAGCUGAAACAGAGUGGCUCAGCCUUCCUACAGGAUGACUCGUGUGCAGAGAUCGGGGCUAAUGUGCAGAAAUGCUGCGAGUGCAGACUAGACCGCUCACGCAAGACUCAGGAGACUGCCAUCUCACCUGUCUUCUGCCGCUUUUACUACUUUCGCAGACUUUCAUACAGUAAGAAUGGAGUGGUCCGUGUAGAUGGGUUCUCUGCUGUGGAGGAGACCAACGAAGAGGCGGUGAGGGUGUGGACGGCAGGCUUUGAGGAAGGAGAGAGGAAAGAAAUGGAACUGGACACAGCCAAAUACAUUCUUACACUCAUAGGCGACAAGUUCUGUCAGCUUGUCAAGACAGAAAACAAUGCUCUCACAUGGGUCAGGAAAGACACCCAGGUGAUGUGGAAGCGGGCAGUGCGAGGUGUGAGGGAGAUGUGUGAUGCAUGUGAGGCUACGCUGUUUAACAUGCACUGGGCCUGUCACAAAUGUGGCUUUGUGGUCUGUAUGGACUGCUACAAAGCUCGUGAGAUAAGGAGCGCUAAGGAUAAGGAGCUAUAUAUCUGGGUUAGAUGUGUGAAAAAUCAACAACAUGACCUUAAGACCCUUAUGCCUACACAAAUAGUCCCGGAAACUAUAUUGGCUAAGCUGCAGAGCUCAAUGCAUUCUAUAAGAAUAGAGUAUGGCAUUCCUUCUCAGUGCUCCUGCAAUGGCAACACUCCCUUCCUGUCCAGACCCCCUGUCUGCUAUAGUCUGUCACAGCAUUCAGAGAGGGCACAAUUCAACUUGAAAAGCCAGAAAAGCUCUGCACAGGUCCCAGAUCAACAGAAGAGCACACAUGACACACUUCACAAGAAUCCCACAGAGAAAAAAGGAAAAUUACAGGGUGAUGAGUUGGAGGUUCAAGGCAGGAAGUCUAGCAGCCCAGAACAAGGCUCCACCUUGCGUGACCUGCUGACCUCCACAGCUGGAAAACUGAGGCUGGGCUCUACUGGUCCUGGAAUAGCCUUUGCACCAGUUUACCACAAUACUGAUCAGAAUACUCACAUUCCCAACCUCCUGGAUGACAUUAUUGCUUCUGUAGUGGAGAACAAGAUUCCAGCCACCAAAAUGAACAAACUGGGGUUAAAACUGGAUUUGCAAACAGAAAAGGAGGUGGAGAUGAAACCAGAAAAGGUGAAGCCCGCUCGAAUCCCAUUGGCUGACCCACAUACCAGUGUCCCUCACGAAUGGAUAGGCAGCCACCGGCUGCUCUGGCUUAAAGAUCAUCAUCACCUAGGCAACCAACGGCUGUUCAAAGAGAACUGGACGCAAGAACAGCCAGUGCUGGUCUCUGGGUUGCACAAGAGUCUGAACACCAGUCUUUGGAAACCAGAAGACUUCAGCAAAGAGUUCUCAUCCCUUCACAGUGACUUUUACAACUGCCGAGAUGGGAGCAUCACAAACACCUGCGUCAAGGACUUCUGGGAUAGCUUUGAGGAUGUGUCAAAGAGACCCAAAUCUGCUAAAGGUGACACUGCAGUGUACAGACUGAAGGACUGGCCAUCAGGAGAAGAGUUUCUAGCUCUGAUGCCAUCCAGGUAUGAAGAUGUGAUAAAGUCUUUGCCUAUUCCUGAAUACACUGGUCCAGAUGGUGCCCUCAACCUGGCCUCUCGCCUGCCAACAUUUUUUAUCCGGCCAGAUCUAGGUCCUCGCCUCUGCUGUGCUCAUGGUGUGACAUCUUGCCCAGAACAGGACUUUGGAACCAGCAAUCUGCAUGUUGAAAUUUCAGACACUAUGAGUAUUCUAGUCUAUGUUGGCAUCGCCAAGGGCAGUGGAGCUCUUUCCAAAGCAGGGGUGUUGAAGCUUUUAGAGAGGGAGGCUUUGGAUGAAAGUGCAAAGAAAAGGCUAAAAGAUUUCGGUGAAACCCCCGGUGCACUGUGGCACAUCUACCUGAGUAAAGAUCUCCAUAAAAUCCAGGAAUUUCUUCGAAUGGUAUCAGCAGAGCUUUGUGAAGGUCCUGAAGUUGAUUCUGAGGCAGAAUCAGAUACUGAGACAGACCCUCUUCGUGAAAAUAGCUGGUACUUGAGCCCAAAGAUGAGGCAAAGGCUGCUGGAGGAAUACGGUGUGGAAUGCCGCACGCUGUUGCAGUUCUUCGGGGAUGCUGUAAUUAUCCCUGCUGGAGCUCUGCACCAGGUAAUGAAUCUGCACAGUUGCGUUCAGGUGAAUGUGGAUUUUGUGUCCCCUGAACACGCCCACAACUCUUAUUACUUGACCCAGGAUCUCCGCACUCUCAAAGACCAGGUGAACUAUGAAGAUAAACUACAGGUGAAGAACAUCUUCUACCACUCAGUAAAGGAUGCUGUGGCUGCACUGAGUCAACAUUUAAAGGAGCAGAGCACAGCUGACAUAAAGGAGGAAGAGUGUUGACAGUUUGUCUCUUCAAACCAGAUUUCUUAGCAUUACACCUUGUGCAGACAAUCUCCAGAUCCUUUCUGAGGAACCGCUGCUCUAAGACCAAAGCUGGUGCUGCACUCUGUACCCAUUUUACUUCCAUGCAAGGACCCAUCACUUCAGCCCAAUAUGUCAGUAUGGUUUUUAUUUUUUUUAUUUUGACCUCCAUAUUCCCCAGUGCUCAGUCCCAUCCUGGUUUCUUCCUGCUUGGACAGGAAGAGAAGAAAGGUGAGUUGUGGCUGAAGAGUAGAAAAGAGGAGGUGGAACACUGUUUUUUAAGCAAGCAUCUGUAAAGAAGGAAUAGAGGUAAACUGCUAAGCACAACACUGCAGCUCUCACAUGCUCUGUGUACAGUGGAUAUGUAUUAUGUUCAGAAGACGGUGCUCUAAGGAAGCUGUUAACUGCACUGUCUGCAAAGUUUUAGGAGAGCAGCUAAACUAACACAACCAUCGCAGCAUCCCAUUAUUUCAGCCAACGCCAAGCUGAUAGCUUUUAUCGUUCAUGUUUAUAGGUAAUAUUAAAUUAUUAACCAUUCUGGCUGGUAAUCACUGUGCAAAAGGGAAACACAAAAAUACAGUACAUACAGUAUAUGUUUGUUAAAAGUAAAAAAACUUUACAUUUUUCAACUGAAGUAUAAUAUGUAAAUAAGCAGAAUAUACAUAUAUAAUAUAUUAUGAAUUUUCUAUAUGGUGUGCUUUAUUUGAUGUAUGUGUUGUUUGCUACUGGAUGUACAGUACAUUGGAGCUAAAGAGAUGUUUUACAUUUUCCAUUAAAAUGGAAUCAAUCUGGAACAUUUUUUGUCUGCAAAGUGGUACCUGCUCGAUGAAUGAAUAAAAAGACUGUUAUGAAGACUGUUCCAAGGUGCCCCUGAUCAGAAAUGACUGCACAGUGCUCAAGAAAUGAUUUAUUAUUUCAGACAGAAAGCUACUGUUUUUAUAUGCAUUCAGGAAAGAUGUAUUAAACACAGCAGGCUACAGUAGUUAGAAUGCAAGCCGACAAUUACUUAAAAAUGAAAUAAUGAAUGUGACUUGAAAGCGGAUUUUUAUAGAUUGCAAAAUAUUAAACCAUUGAA